CACAUCUUUGCUGUGUCGGCAGAUAUUCUGUUACUUUCAGCCAAAGUAUCUUGCAUUAACUCAUCGUGCUGUCAUGAUAUUGUUAUGGGCUGAACUGUGUUCACCCCCAAAUUCAUAUGUUAAAGUCCUAACCGCCGUACCUGAGAAUGUGACAGUAUUGGAGGUGGAGCCUUUAAAGAGGUGAUUAAGUUAAAAUGAGGCCAUUAGGGUGGGCCCUCAUCCAAACUGACUGGUAUCCUUAUAAGAGCAAAAGUGGACACACAGAGACACCAGGGAUGUACAUAUCCAGAGGGAGGACCAUGUAAGGACACAGUGAGAAGACUGUCUACAAGUUAAGGAGACGUCUCAGAAGAAACCAACCCUGCCGACACCUGUAUUAUGGACUUCCCAGCCUCUGGAACUGGGAAAAUUACUUUCUGUGCUACUUUGUUAUGGCAGCCCUAGAAAAUACAUAGAUCUCUAUUGUUAUGAUCAAGUUAUUAUCACCAUCAUGAAAAAGUCCUUUGUUUCACCAUAACAUUGUCCCUGAGGAGCAGCUGGGACCUGAAUGAAGGGAGCUUGCUCAAUAUUCCAUAACAAGGCAAUCAUAUCAACCCAAGACUGGCCUUCUUCGUCCUCCACCCUUCACUUCACUUGGUAGAAACCUAGCAAACAUCCCUCAUGCGCUGGAGCUGUGUGGAAUUGUCAGAGUAUAUAUUUCGAAGUCAGACGUCCUGGCUUUGCUUCCUAAUUCGAUCUCUUAGCAGCUGUGUGAUCUAAGGCAACCUGGUUGUCUUCCCUGAGUUUUCUCAUCCCCAAAACACUGCUAAGAACACGCAUCUCAUAGAAUUAUAUAAGGCCAGAGCAAGCCAGUACAUGCAGAGGGCUUCACCAAGUACUUGACUCAGAGAAUAUUCUUGAUGGAUGGAGACCAUUUCUCUUCUGAAUACACAAAAUGGACAAGAAAGGAGAAUACGGUCAUGUUUUCACUUAUACAACUUCAGUCUAAUCCUCUCAACAAACCCUGUGACAGGGCAUCGCCAACCUGUUUUGCAGAAUAAAGUGAGGUUCAGAGGAGUCAUGUGACAAAUCACAGUUUUAGAUCCUAGGGCCUGAGAUUCCAGCCCAGGCCUUUUGAUGCCCAUAAGCCCUGAGCUUUUUUCUUCUGCACCAGAGAUGCCGCCCUUGGUAGAGUAAUUUUUUCCCAAGCACUCAAGGUAUGCCAGACAUUCUCCUUUAAUCCUCACAAGGACUCAGCGUUCACAACCUAGGAAUAAAUAACCCUGACAUGGUUACACGUGUUUACACCAGACAGCAGAAUAAACUGGCAAAGCUAUUGUGGGACUGAAUGGAAAAUGUGGAUCAAAGGGAAGUGCCUUCAGAGAUAGCAGGGAAGAAAGGCCGACAUUAACUGUGCGGGGACGAGGGCUUUUGCUAGACCCUUGACUUUGAAUAACCUUGAGAUUUUAAUAUUGUUAUACCUCUGUUUUACAGAUAAGGAAAUGGAGGCUCAAAGAGGGUAAGUAACAUACCCCAGACACAGAAAAGGGAGGAACGUGAAUCUGGUAUUAACGCAAACACGUAGCAUCUUCCCCUGGACCAGGGCUUCUUAACCAGGGCCUGCUGUGCAAAGUAGAAUACUCCGGAGAAGUUUUAAGACUACUGAGGGCUGGGCUGCACCUUCAGAGACUCUGAAUGGGUGGGUCUGGAGUGGGGCCCAGCAAGGGCAUUGCUAAAGCUCCCGCCAGGUGCUUGGAAUGUGCAGCCAGGGUGGAGCAAAGCCAGGCCACGCUGCUCUCAGGACUGAGCUCUGCGAUCCUGGAACAGUCUGGGCCCAGCCCUGAUACUACUAGACCCAGCUGGCUGCAUAAAGGCCAGCUUUUCUCACUCCACCCAGAGAGGGAACAGCUGGUUCUUUCUUAAAGCAGCAUGAGUGAAGGUGAGGCCAGUAACUCAUCACCCAACAUUCAUAGUAAGUUGAAUAUGAAUUUUAGGCAAUGGCAUCACCUCGAGAUUCAUGAAUAUAGGGGAACCUUAAAAUCAAAUACAGGCAUACUAUCUCCCUCUUGAUGGGCCAGAAAGUUGGAGCUGAAGUUUGUUUUUUACUAUUCCUUGUAGUUCCUGAGUAGAGUUUUUGGUUCCCUGAAUUUAUUGUUUAAAUGGAUACAUGAAACAUUUUAUGUUUACUUCUCCAAAAAAUGAAGUAUAAUUAAGUUGCUCUUUACAUAUGAGUUUUUUCUUUCUGAGUGGUGGGGAGUGUGGUGAGGAAGCUCAGGGACCUUUAUUCACAACAAAACAAAACAAAACAAUACUUUCCCUCUCUGGCAAACAGUUCCCAUGCUGCGCAGUAGGGAUUCACGUGAUUGAUGCACUCUGGGCUGCCCUAAUCCAGGUGUCCUAAGCAGAAUGCACCGCUAAAUGAUCCCACCUGUUGUUUUUUUAAAAUUUUUAUUGGAGCAGAGUUGAUUUACCAUGUUGUGUUAGUUUCAGGUGUACAGCAAAGUGAAUCAGUUACACAUAUACUUAUAUCCACUCUUUUUUAGAUUCUUUUCUCAUAUAGGCCAUUACAGAGUAUUGAGUAGAGUUCCAUGUGCUAUACAGCAGGUCCUUAUUAGUUAUCUAUUUUAUAUAUAGUAGUGUGUAUGCAUCAAUCCCAAUCUUCCAAUUUAUCCCUCCCCCGCCACCCCACCCCCCGGACCCUGUCAGCUUAAACACAGCAAGAAACUCGCUUUUCUUGAUUCAACCAAAAGUGGAAGUGGAAAGGGAGAGUUGAGGACACAAUCAGAGAAUUAAAGAUUAACUGGGACACAUGGCUGGGGAAUUGACCGUUGAGCAAACAUAAAUAACUCCAGUGCAGCUUCCCGCCACCGUGUGCACGAAGAGAUCCCAGGCCCUCGGAGAGCGGAGAGCGGAGAGCGGAGAGCGGAGAGAGGAAAGCAAAGGGAGAAACGAGUGGCAUCAGAAGGGAAGGAGAUGUAAAGGAAGCUGCAGGAGAGCAGGAUGGGAAGGCAAGGAGGGGCCAGGAGUAGUCGCCUUGAACACAGAGGAGCGUCUGUUCACUGUUAAUACCCCUGUUGCUCAUCGCCCUGCACGAUGGAUAUAAUAUUUGGCAGAAAUAAUAAGGAACAACUGGAGCCUCUGAGGGCCAGAGUGACAGGCAGGAUUCCAGCAUGGCUGCAGGGGACCCUGCUCCGCAAUGGGCCUGGGAUGCACACAGUGGGCGAGACCAGAUACAACCACUGGUUCGAUGGCCUGGCCUUGCUCCACAGCUUCACAAUCAGAGACGGUGAAGUCUAUUACAGGAGCAAAUACUUGAGAAGUGAUACCUACAAUGCCAAUAUUGAAGCGAACAGGAUUGUGGUGUCAGAAUUUGGAACAAUGGCCUAUCCGGACCCCUGCAAAAACAUAUUUUCCAAAGCUUUCUCCUACCUGUCCCACACCAUCCCUGAUUUCACAGACAACUGUCUGAUCAACAUCAUGAAGUGUGGAGAAGACUUCUAUGCAACCACGGAGACCAAUUACAUCAGGAAAAUCAAUCCCCAGACCCUGGAAACCCUGGAGAAGGUUGACUAUCGUAAACAUGUGGCUGUAAAUCUGGCAACAUCACAUCCUCAUUAUGAUGACGCUGGAAAUGUUCUCAACAUUGGUACGUCCAUCGUGGACAAGGGGAAGACAAAAUAUGUGAUCUUUAAGAUCCCUGCCACAGUAUCAGGAGGCGGGAAGAAGGGGCUGAGCCCCCUGAAACACAUGGAGGUGUUCUGCUCCAUCGCCUCGCGUUCACUCCUCUCCCCGAGCUAUUACCACAGCUUCGGAGUCACCAAGAGCUACAUCGUUUUCCUCGAGCAGCCUUUCAAGAUGGAUAUCCUCAAGAUGGCAACUGCCUACCUCCGGGGCGUGAGCUGGGCUUCCUGCCUGGCUUUCCACAGGGAGGACAAGACUUACAUUCACAUCAUUGACCAACGGACGAGAAAGCCCGUGCUGACCAAAUUUUACACGGACCCCAUGGUGGUGUUUCAUCACGUCAAUGCCUACGAAGAGGACGGUUGCCUUCUGUUCGACGUCAUUGCCUACGAGGACAGCAGCCUUUACCAGCUCUUCUACUUGGCCAACCUGAACAAGAACUUCGAGGAGAACUCCAGGCUCACCUCCGUCCCAGUCCUCAAGAGGUUUUCAGUGCCCCUCCACAUGGACAAGAACGCAGAGGCGGACUCCAAUUUAAUCAAACUGUCAUCUACAACAGCAAGAGCCCUGAAGGAAAAAGAGGACCAAGUCUACUGCCAGCCGGAGUUGCUUUAUGAAGGCUUAGAACUGCCUCGGAUCAAUUACGCUCACAACGGGAAGCGAUACCGUUAUGUCUUUGCUGCUGAAGUCCAGUGGAGCCCCAUCCCAACCAAGAUAAUAAAAUACGACAUUCUCACGAAGUCAUCCUUGAAGUGGGGAGAGGUGCACUGCUGGCCGGCGGAGCCAGUGUUCGUGCCCACACCGGGUGCCGAGGACGAGGAUCACGGGAUUAUCUUAUCAGCCAUUGUCUCUACCGAUCCCCAGAAGCUGCCUUUUCUGCUGGUUCUGGAUGCCAAGACGUUUACAGAAUUGGCUCGUGCCUCCGUUGAUGUAGAGAUGCACCUGGAUCUCCACGGGCUGUUCAUCCCAGGUGCCGACUGGGAUGCAGGGAAGCAGGCCCCUUCCCGGGAGGAGCGGGACAGGGCUGCUGAGCGCCGUGUGGCCCCAAGGACCUGACAGGGUGGGGGCCUGGGCCCUGGAGAAUGGCUCCACCAGACUCAAGGGUGGUCCCUCCCUGGGUGGGGGGGCCCUUCAUUUUAUUUUGCACUUAUUCUUUCCAUGGUUGCUUUGAGACAAAGUUACGGAAAUAGAGCUUUUAUCAGUAUCUUUUCUUUCAUUUCAUUUUGGCCAUUAGAACCUUGUUGGAAAGUUGAUCAAAUAUUUACUGAUUAGCUCUAGUACUUCUAAAAGCCCCUUUCCUUUAGUAUAAAGACCGUGACCAUGAAUCAGCAAUUGUAUUAAGGCACAUAAUCAUUGCUCCUAGAAUGGGCAGCCACUGACCCACUGGAGAAGAGACACAGAAAUAUUUAUCUUUGCUCCUCCCUCCCCAGCUUUCUUUCCCUUCCCUCCCUCCUUUCUUCCCCGUGGACCACAUCGUGAGUUCUAGCUUUCUCAACCCUGUGCUGUUAGUAGACUACGUGGCCCAAAAGGCGUGUACUUUGUGGUCAUUCCAUGCAAGGCAGGGCAUAGUAUAAAAUAAUAAAACUUUAAAGCCUUUUCAGACCUUAUUUUAAUUUUACAUGGCUUCUUUCCUCUGAAGAUCUUCUAAGGCAGUAAAACAGAGGGGCAGAGCUAGACGGUUCAUAGUCCGCCAGGUGCCUCAUUGUACACCCAGUGGGACAGCAGACUGGUGUGGGCGUCCCCCACUGCAGGAGGGCAUGGAGGGGCUGGAAUCCAGGAUUGAGUCCUGUCUUGCCUGAUGCUGAGAACCAGGGUGGCGGGGCGUGCCAGAGCCCUACAGGAAAGGGGGUCCCGUCAGCAGAAUUCCUUGGAGAUUCAUCCAAGUUGUCGUUGUUGUUUUGCUCUCCUUUUUAUUUAUUUGGCUGCGUCGGGUCUUAGU